UACAGAAUUGAUGAAGCCUUUAAGAUGUCCAUGGCUGUCGAUAUUGCAGCUGGUAUGAAAUACCUUCACAGUAGUCCUAUCAAACUCCACGGCUGUCUGACUUCGUCUAAAUGCGUCAUCGAUAGUCACUGGGUGGUCAAGAUCACCGACUGGGGACUGCAUUACUUCAAAGCUGGCCAGGAGAAGGGCAAUUUACCCGCCCAAAAGAUGUACACAGAUCUGUUAUGGACCGCACCAGAACACAUCAAUCUAGCAAAAUUGGAACGAGAAGGCAUGACACAGAAAGGCGAUGUUUAUAGCUUUGCCAUUAUCAUCCAAGAGAUCUCCACAAGGACUGGACCGUUCAAUGACUGUGGUUUUGAACCUCGAGAGAUCAUUCAGCGUGUUAUUGCACGUGACGAUCCACCAUUUCGCCCCGAGGUAUCUACGGACGAAGUUCGGGCCGAGCUCGUACUGUUGAUGAUAGAAUGCUGGAAUGAGGAUCCUGAGGAGAGACCUCAUUUUCUACGCAUCGUGGAAAGGCUUAAGAAGAUCAGCGGCAGAUAUAGAAACACCAAUAUCAUCGAAAACAUGGUUUCCAUGAUGGAGAAACAUUCUAAUCAUUUGGAACAACUUGUGGAGGAAAGAACUCGUCAGCUGAACGAAGAGAAAGAGAAAACUGAUCGCCUGUUAUUCAGAUUACUACCCCAGCCAGUAGCUGAGCAGUUCAAGCUUUACAACUCUGUCCAAGCAGAAGAGUUUGAAGAGGUUACCAUCUUCUUCAGUGAUAUCGUGGGAUUCACCAAACUGUGCUCCAACAGCCAGCCUCUUGAGGUCGUARACUUUCUCAACGAUCUUUACGUGGCAUUCGAUGAAAUUAUUUCCCAUUUUGAUGUUUACAAAGUGGAGACUAUUGGUGACGCGUACAUGGUGGUCAGUGGCUGCCCCGUGUUAAAUGACAAGAAACACGCCGGGGAGAUUGGCAGCAUGGCUUUAGAUCUACUGAGUCACAUGACCGUCUUCCGCAUACGUCACCGUCCAGAGGAACAGCUUCAGUUAAGAAUUGGGAUACAUACAGGCCCAGUUGUCGCUGGCGUGGUGGGAGUCACCAUGCCAAGAUACUGUCUGUUUGGUCACACAGUUAACAUUGCUAUGAAGAUGGAAAGCACUGGAGUUGGUCUCCGUAUUCAUGUCAGCCGAGAAGCAUACCUUCGUCUCGUUGAGCUCGGUGGAUUUUACUUGGAAGAGCGAGGACAAGUCAAAAUUAAGCGUCGUGGUAUGGUUACUACCUACUGGUUGGUUACUAAGGAGGGCUUCAACAAACCUCUACCUGACCCAGCACCGGAUAUCAAUGAGCCUGUAUUCGAGACCCUGGACGUGUAUUACGCUAGUUAA